GGAAUUUACCGUAACGUGCCGAUAUGAUGAAGGCCCUAAGCGUAAUAAUUUCUUCCUGCUUGUUAGCGCUGGUUGCAGCGUUCAGCGUGGACAUUGUGACGCUGGGCAAUAUCAACCUGCAGACGUUGGGAUCCUUGCCACUAUCCGGUCCGGCGAUUGAUUUAGCGGUGGAGGAAUUACGAACGGUGUAUAAAGAUGUCUUUACUGUGUCGCAUGCGUACUUGUAUGAUCGGCAGGCGAAGACGUGCGAAGAGGUGGCCUCGGUGGCCGAUGAUCUGGUGGCCGGGUUCUAUUACCGGAAGAACACCACCUCCGAUCUCACCGUCUUCAUCUCCGUUGGUUGCACGGAACAAGAGCAAAUCGCUCGACUGUCAUACGAAUGGAAUUUGGCGGUUAUUUACGGAUCGACGACAGCGGUAUCGUCGCGCAAGCGCAACACCUACCCACAGAUGAUCCUAGCCGGGCCGGGCAGCGGCUUCCCUUACAUGAUCUUCGGGCUGAACGUGGCACAGUUGUUCAAAUGGACAAUGAUCUACAUCGCCUACCAGGCGCCCGGACUGCCCAUCUACCAGGACGCCGCCACCAACUUGGCGCUGACGCUGCGCCGGGGCAAGGCUAACCAGAUCCGGGUGGGCGUUGUCGACUGUACGACCAUGCAGACGACACGCGAGUUUCUGGAAGAUUUCCGCGCCAAUGCGCGCAGUUAG